UUAUUUUAAAUUAAUCCAACAAAAAUCUCUUUAUUUAAAUUUUGUUUUUGGUAUGCUUUUCUUCCCACCUAUGACCGAUUUUCCUUCAACAGAGCACCAAACUACUGUAGAUAAUAAUUUACCCUUAACAUGGCUAAAUGAUGCAAAUACUUCGAGUAUUUUGUCUAGGCCUAUUGUGCAAGAACAACAAAGAAUAAACUCAACAACCUCAUUUCAUCAAUUACUUUUAAUGGGCCAAAUUAAUCAACAACAAAUCUCCCAAUCCUCACUACUUUCUUUACCUCCGCCAAUUGGAUUAAAUGUAUUUCCGGGGCUGUUGACUAAUGGGGGUGAAUUGACGAAUAAACGUGAAGAGGAAGAAAGGAAUAAAAUCUUCCAACAGAAUGGGGAGAAUCUAUCUAUUGUUCCUCUUCUUGGCCGACUAAAAAGCCUUGACAACGAACACGAAUUUAAAUCACAACCUGAAACUUUACCAAAUAAUUUUCAAAUGUCAAUGGCUCCAACAGGCGAACGCCUUUUAUUUCCUAAAAUUUUUCAAAAUUUUUUUCUUGAAGGUCCCUGUGCUCUUUGCCAUUUACCUAUUGUAGAGAAGCACUUUCUGGUUGUAGACUCCCAAUGUUGGCACACAGAAUGUGUCAGAUGUGCUGUAUGUUCAAGAAAUUUGGAGGAUUUUAAAGACGAAGAGGGGCAGAGUAAUUGUGGAAUUUGUUUUGCUAGAGAUGGAUUUUUGUUUUGCCGAAGAGAUUACCUCAUAAAAUAUGGAAAGAAAUGUGAAAGGUGUAAUUCUCCAAUUGAAAGAGGAAAUUUAGUUAUGAGGGUGCCGGUAAAUGGAAAGGAAACACUUUUUCAUAUUCAAUGUUUUGUCUGUGUUUGUUGUGGUCGUCCAUUACAACCAGGAGAACAAUAUAUGGUUGGGCCCUUUGAUGAACCUGGUGGAAGUCUUUUUUGUUCUGAACAUUUCCAUCUAAAUCCAGCAAUUCAUAGACCGUCAGCAUUUCUUCCAGAUUUUCAACCUUUAAAUUGCAGGACUGAACCCACCUUUUUAACCGAAAAUAAUUUAUGUUCAACAAAUUUAUUAAAUCAACAACCAACUUCAGAACAUUCCCCCAAUUCCACCCAAAAAUUAAUUUCCCACCGACCACCUCUUUCGAUGGCAACAAAUACAUCUAGUAAUGAAUUUAUUGUUGAUUAUGAUAAUAAUUAUGAUGCUACAACAAAUACUUUUACUUCUUCCGUUGCUGGAAGUACAACUCCAAACAGUCGUGGAGGGGCGCAGUCAGAAGAUAUUAAUUUUGGUAAUUCCAAUUUAUCUGACAGCGGUGACCCUUUAUCUUCUUCAAAUAAUUCUGCCCAAAAAUUGAAAAGGAUGAGAACGAGUUUUAAACACACACAAUUACGUACAAUGAAGGCAUAUUUCUUUAUAAAUCACAAUCCAGAUUCAAAGGAUUUGAAAAUUUUAUCUAACAAAACAGGACUGAGCAAACGUAAUGCUCGAGCCAAAUAUCGUCGUAGCCAACAAAACCAAUUGGGAACCUCUUCAAUGGCAGCUUCCGUUCAUUUAUUAGAACAUCAAAGAUCAGACAAUUCUACUCAACAAUUUCUUGGUCUAACGCUAGGACAACAACAAAAUAAUUGUGGACUUUCUACUAGUUUAGACGAAACCUACAGGCCAAAUAAAAUAGAACAACAACAAAUUCAAAACCAACUUUUAUUAAAUUCCAACUCAAGCCCAAUCAAUUCAUCCAAUGAAUCAAUUACAAUCUCUUUAAAUGCGUGUUCUAUUGAUGAACAAAAUAGUAGUGAUUUGCAAUGA